AGGUGUCACACCAGUGAUGAGUGAGACCAUGUGGAUCGCAUGGCUCUCUGCCCUGUCCAUUGUGGUGUGGCUGUUGGACACCCUGUCUCUGUGUGCUGCAGGUGACCUCAUGCACCUUACAGGUGUCCAGUGUCCUCCCUUGCAUGUGGAAGGCUGGAUGUUUCCUCAGGCUGCCAGAGGCAACAUCACAGGUCUCAACCUAGUACAGCAGUUCUCGCUAUUGAAGAUUCCAGAGGUGGAGCAGAUUUGGAACGCACAAGGCACCAUGAUUCUGAGGCUGGGCAAGGUUUCGCUCAUACAACCCACUGACCAGGUGUUUCCCCAUGGCCUGCCACAGGAGUUCACCUUGAUUUUCACUCUGCUGCUGAACAAGAGGACGGUCCAGGAUGAAGUACACCUUUUGCACAUCUCAGACAACCUCGGCCAGACACAGUUUUCUGUGGACCUAAUUGGGAGGAACCAAACUUUGUCGGUGCGGGCAGUGGGGGGUACGGCACAGCAUGGCACAGCGGGCUUAACUGGGUGUGUGUUCAGUGGGGAGGGGGUGCGGUCUCUCUUUGACUCCCACUGGCACAAGAUUGUACUGAGUCUCCAGGUGGGCGUGGCCUCCCUGUAUGUGGACUGCACCUCGAUAGAGACCAAGCCCCUGCCCCCCCGAGGAGAGCUGCCCAGACAGGGACACGCGCUGCUGGCUGUCCGAGCCCAUGACAAAGGCCCCGCCCAGAUUGACAUUCAGCAGGUAUUGGUGUACUGUGACCCCGCCCUGGCCAUGCAGGAAGCAUGCUGUGAGAUACCUGGAUCCUGGUGCCCCCAGGAGAUCCUCAAGAGCCGACGAGACAUAGGCAGUGGUUCCCGCGAGAACCUGAUUGAUCUGGUGUUACAUCCAGAUGGCCAGCAGGGUGGAAGAGGCCUGGUGUCAAGACUGCCAGGCAUUAAAGGGGAGAAAGGAGACCAGGGUUGGGGCUGUGCUGCUCUGCCCUCAGAUACUUGCUCUCAGGGGCUAAAGGGCGAGAAGGGCGACAACGGCGACAAGGGCGACAAGGGCGAAGCGGGAGGAAAUGGAUCCUGGGUAAAUUGGUCUCUAAGCGAGAAGGGGGAUGGAGGUAAAAAGGGGGAGAGAGGUCCUUCAGGUGUGCAGGGGGUUCCGGGAAAAGAUGGUGCUCCUGGGUCCAUUUGUGUUGCUGGGAUAAAAGGCGUGAAGGGGGCCACAGGCAAAGUGGGGCCUGAGGGGAAACCCGGUUCCCGGGGACUUCCAGGAUUACCUGGAGUAGGGAUACCAGGGCCGCCAGGACCUCCUGGAGGACCACCCGGACUGAAAGGGCACAAGGGGGAUGUUGGGAGUCCUGGCAUGGAUGGCGAGCAUGGAGAUCCUGGACCUCGAGGACCAGAAGGGAACAAGGGACAGAAGGGGGAGCCGUGUGAAGUGUGUGCAGCCCUGCCUCAGGAUUUGGGCAACACUGUAGCCCUGCAGGGUCGGCCAGGGGAUAAAGGGGAUCCUGGAAGCCCAUCGCAAGGAGAACGGGGUCCUAUGGGUCACCCCGGUCUGCCUGGGACCUCAGGUCCUAAGGGAGAAUCUGGGUUAAGUGGGGUCAAAGGCGAAAAGGGUGAGCCGUGUGCCGUGUGCCCAACGCUGGGAGAUCUGCCGGCCAAUAUAAACCCCAUCGCCCUGAAGAUCAGCGUGAAGGGAGAGAAGGGUGACGUGGGGCUGGAUGGAAGGGGUGAGAGGGGAGAGCCUGGCCUCAGAGGCCUGCCUGGGAUCGAAGGGGUGGCGGGAGAGUCUGGUGACAAGGGGCCUUUUGGGAGACUGGGCAAACCUGGACUGAGGGGACCGUACGGUCUGGAUGGGGCUGAGGGAGGCAAGGGGGAAGCUGGACAGCCUGGCCUGCAGGGGGCAGCAGGGAUCAAGGGAGCAAAGGGUGACCCUUGUGACCGCUGUACCCCAUCCCCCGCUGAGGUGGGGAGCAGCAUGGUGACUGUCAUGGUGUCAGGUGGCCCUGGGGAACCAGGCCCUCCCGGACCUCCAGGAGUGGGAAUCAGCGGAAGAGCGGGAGAGCCAGGUGCUGCAGGCCCGCAGGGGGAGAAGGGUGAGCCUGGCCCUCUAGGAGAUCCGGGGGCUCCAGCAUCAGCAGGAUCCCCGGGUCUGGCAGGGGUGCCGGGGAGAAUCGGAAGACCAGGACAGAAAGGGCAGAAGGGCGACUCCUGUGCCAGCUGCCUGUUUCUUCUUAAUGGGAUGACAGAUGUGGUGGGGUUGCCAGGGACGAAGGGGGAGAAGGGGGACCUCGGUCCCACUGUCCUGGGCACCCCUGGAAGAGAUGGCAGACCAGGUCCUCCUGGCAUUCAUGGGCCUGUGGGGCUGAAGGGAACACAGGGUGAGAAGGGAACUGCGGGUGUGGGUAUCCCUGGGCCUCAGGGUAAAAUGGGACCCCCAGGCCUUCCUGGUGAUCAAGGUCUCCCAGGGGAACCUGGUGUUCCUGGUUCUCUUGGAUUCAAAGGAGAGAAGGGCGCAAAGGGGCCGAAGGGACUGCAGGGGCCACGGGGGCCUGUGGGCAUAGGACCAGCAGGGCCUCCGGGUAAGCACGGUUCUCCUGGACAGCAUGGUGUCCCUGGGAGUACAGGCCAGCUGGGUGCAAGAGGACGCAAGGGGGACAAGGGUGACCAAGGAGAGUGUAACUGUGAAAUCCCAACUGACACUUUCACUGGAGGACCUGGGCCCCCAGGGCCACCUGGCCCACCUGGCCCCCCCGGGCCACAGGGAUCCGUAGGGAUUCCUGGACCAGAGGGCUUCCCUGGCACUGAUGGAGAGUCAGGGCAGCCAGGUACACCUGGGAGCCAGCCUUCCUUGCCACUUAUCCAGCCAACCCUCAGGGUGUUAUGUGGGGAAUGCGCUUAUGGUCUCCCUGGUGUGCCUGGCGUGACGGGCGGUAAGGGAGAGAAGGGUGACCCGGGCGAUCCAUGGGACCUGGACACAGGGCCCUCAGACAACUGUGAGAGGUGUUUCCAGGCAUUCAACAUAGAGGUAUCGGAAAGGCCUGGAAGGAACAAUGAGGGAUCAGGGUGCCCAGGAAUGCCAGGAACUCCAGGUGUACCAGGAUACCCUGGCCAGAAGGGGGCACAGGGUCAAAAGGGAUUCACUGGGCCUUCAGGAAAUAUUGGGCCUCCUGGGCUUCCCGGGCCUCCCGGAUUACCUGGACUGAAGGGGGAGAGAGGAAGGGUGGGAGAAGUGGGAAUAAAAGGAGAACAGGGCUCUCCAGGGAAGCCUGGGUACCCAGGAACAGCGGGGCCUCCUGGACAUUACGGACUGAAGGGGGAAGCUGGAGAGCCAGGUGACGUGGGACGGAAAGGAGAAGCGGGAGCAGCUGGAGCUCCAGGGUAUCCAGGGUCAUCUGGGCCUGUGGGACCCAAAGGUGACCCAGGUGUGGCUGGACCACCUGGACUGAAGGGGGAGCAGGGUACAGGAGGACAACCAGGUUUCCCAGGACAGCAAGGGCCUCCUGGACUCCCAGGCCCAGCAGGUCCUUCAGGGGUUCGCGGACCACCAGGAGAAAAAGCUAAGGUGGGGGAAACGGGCUCACAGGGCCCCCCAGGACCGCUCGGCCUACCCGGAGUACCAGGCACACAAGGACCUCCAGGGAGUCCAGGCACUGACGGGAGAGAAGGGAAACCAGGAGUCAAGGGAGAUCGUGGUGAAGUCGGCCCAGUUGGACCCAUUGGACUCCCAGGUCUUACAGGAGAAACAGGAGAUCCCGGACCACCAGGCCUGAAGGGAUGCAUCGGUCCUCGGGGCCUGUAUGGUUUUCCAGGUCAGCCUGGAGCAGAGGGUGGAUCUGGUAGCCCUGGGCUAGAGGGCCCCCCUGGACCUCCUGGAAACCCUGGAGCAGAAGGCCCCUUUGGUCUUCCAGGGCCGGCUGGACCCCCAGGACCGGAUGAGAGGGGUUUACCGGGUGACAAUGGCGAGACAGGAGAGGCAGGACUGCGGGGCCUAGCAGGUCCACCUGGGCCACCGGGACGUCCAGGACGAGCGGGGGAGGCAGGCGCAGAUGGCCCUCCAGGGGAAGAUGGAUCUCCAGGUCACCCAGGGCAGAAUGGACCACCUGGUCAGAAGGGGGACACAGGAGUCCCAGGACAGAAGGGCUUCCCUGGGGAGAGAGGCCCCCCUGGCCCCUCUGGUUGGAGGUCCACCUCCUGGAAUGCUCCCAGUGUGGGAGCCAUGGGGCCAGCAGGUCCCCGGGGGGAGCAGGGGAACCCAGGAAAGCCUGGACCCAUGGGGGCCCCCGGAAUACCAGGAAUACCUGGGGUGCAGGCUGCAGUCAACUAUAAUGAAAUCCAGAACCUAAUUCGUCAGCAGGUCACAGAGAUUUUUGAUGAGCACCUGGCCUACUACAUGUCUCACAGACAGGCGCCAACGGGCGUGGCAUCUGGGCGUGGUCAGCCUGGCCCUCCAGGGCAGGACGGGGCCCCUGGUGAGGAUGGGUGCCCGGGCGUGCCUGGCCUCCCGGGGCUUCCUGGCCGAGAGGGGCAGCAAGGGAGAGUGGGUCCACCAGGUGUGGAGGGUUUGAAAGGGGAGAAGGGGUCACAGGGUGUGUCACAGACAGGUCGCGUGGGAUGGCCAGGUGUUCCAGGUGCUCCUGGGCCUCCAGGCUAUGGCCUGACUGGUCCUCCAGGUCCAGCCGGACAGCAGGGGAUGCAAGGGUCUCCCGGAGCCCCAGGUCCCCCAGGACAGGCAGGUGAGCGGGGCCCUUGUAACCCCUCAAACUGUCUGGGACUGAUGCCCAUACAAUACAUCCCUAAGGGACCCCCCAGGAGGGGGUGA